AGGGCGAGUAGGCGAGCUUUCUACACCGUACAUACUGCCAGUGUGUGGUAGUUGUUCAUUUCCAAGGCAUGCUCAACAAGCUUUAAAGACGUCGAGUUCCCUGCUUGAGAGAGAGCCUUCAUCUCACAGAACCUGCUGUCCCCCGCUUUUGAGUGUGUGCCGCAAGCGCCCCUCUUACUAAAUAGGUAUCUUGCAGAAUCUCGGUGUGCUCCCGAGUUUGCGUGAAGCUUCACCCCGCAAUUGGCCGAGACAAAACAAAACACCAGACAUCGCGAUCAGCAUCGCUCCCGCUACCAAUUACAAUUACAAUUACAAAAACCAACACAAAUUACUCCGACAUGUCGCUACAGGUCGACGACGGAGGCCGGCGCGGUCGUUCACGUUCGCCCGGACGGCGCGGGGAAGAUGAGGACCGCGACAGGAGCCGGGUCCGCGCCUCGCCCAAUGUUGUCGACGUGCCGUAUCCGAGCUCAUCCGUCGGCCUGCCGGACCCCGCAUCCACUGCAUACGAGUAUGAGCGCUUGUCAAAAUGGCCGACGGCUGCCGAACCCGAUGCGGGGUACAGCGCACCACGCGGGCAGCCCGUCGAUGACCGCGAGGACCCCUACGCCCAGGCGCGGCGCGAGGUCGAAUACCGCUACGAUUCUGACCGACGACGUGACCGAGACAGCGGUUCAGACCGCGAGAGGAACCGGAAGCGUAGCGACUCGAAUCGCGACUCGGCCCUCCAGCGGCCCGAGCUCUACCUCCCCGCCAGGUACGCCGCCAACAUCAAGACGGUCGAGCCGCCUUCGCCGCGCCAAUCACGCGGCUCCUUCAGCGGCAGGGAGCGAGAAUCGAGCAAGGAGCGCAAGGAACGCCGCAAGCAGGAGAAGAAGGCGCACCUGGAGGAGGACCUGGCCUACGGCAAGCUCCCCGGUCCCUCCAGGUACGACGCCCCAUCCUCUCCCCGACCGGACAGCCACGCACCACCAUCUCCCCGGCCGGACAGCUACGCCCCGUCAUCUCCCCGUCCAGAAAGCUACGUGUAUUCCCAGCCGGAACCGUGGAAGUAUGACAAGCCAACCGAGGAGCCGCGGUAUAGCGCUACGCACCUGGACGUUAUCGGCCCCGGUGGGCGUCCCGGCCGUUCUCCGAGCCCAGGCCCAUCGCUCAAGCCGGCCAUAAAGCGCGGCCAGUCGCCCCAACCCCCGACGGCGCGCAUGUCGAGCCUGUCAGUCAAUACCCCUCACCACUCCGCCUCCCUCUCCGUCUCGGCCGCGCCGGCAUCCCCGCUCCUGGAAGCCUACCACGGGACGUGGCAAUCCAUGUCCCCCAUGCCCUCUCCGAUGCUCAUGGCCGGCGGCAACCCCCAAAUCCUGGACGCGCUCUCCCCCAUCGGAUCGGAAGACGAACGCGCGGCCGAGAGGCGGCGUGCCCGCCGCGCCCGGUUCGCGGACCCGGCGGACGACGCGGCGCGGCUCGCCAAGGCGCUCAAGGGCGAGCGGCGGGCGCCGGAGACGGAGCCCCUCAUCGAGAUCCUGCCCGGGCUCACGCACGAGCAGAUGAUGGACCUGCGGGCCGAGUACAAGCGGCUGGUCAAGACGGGCUCGGAGCGCAAGGGCGUCAACAUCGCCAAGCACAUCCGGGCGCGGCUCAAGGACGAGGACUCCAACCUGAUGAAGGCGUGCUACGCGACGGCGCUGGGCCGGUGGGAGUCGGAGGCGUACUGGGCCAACUUCUGGUACCACGGCGACAAGACGCGGCGCGAGCUGCUGAUCGAGUCGCUGACGGGGCGCACCAACGACGAGAUCCGGCGCAUCAAGGAGGGGUUCAACGACAAGAAGUACGGCAACAGCCUGACCAAGUGCAUGCGCACGGAGCUGAAGGAGGACAAGUUCAAGAAGGCGGUGCUGAUGGUGCUGGACGAGCAGCGCAUGGAGGAGGAGGACGUCUACGGGAACCCGCUGCGGAUCGACUACGACCUGGUCGACGACGACGUGCGCCAGCUGCACCACGCCGUCCGCAGCGAGAAGGGCGGCGAGACCCUCAUGAUCACCGUCGCCACCCAGCGCAGCGACGCCCACCUGCGGGAGGUGCUACGGGAGUACAAGAACAAGUACCACGGCGCCAACUUUGCCAAGGACGCGCUGAAGAAGAGCGGAAACCUAGUGGGCGAGGUCCUCGCGCACAUCCUCAACGGCGUCAUCAACAAGCCGGUGCGCGACGCGAUGCUGCUGCACCACGCGCUGACGGCGUCGCGGCGCGACGAGCUGCGCCGCGAGCUGCUCAUCUCCCGCCUCGUGCGCUACCACUGGGACGCCGCCCACAUGGCCGCCGUCAAGCGCGCCUUCCGCGACCAGUACGGCCGCGACCUCCAGGACGCGGUGAGGGAUGCGACAAAGGGGGAGUGGGGGGAGUUUUGUGUCCAGCUUUGUGUGGCGCGCAUGCCGGAUGAUGUGCGGAGGGUGGAGAGGGUGGAUAUUCAUCGGUAGUUUUCUUCUUCUUCUUAAGGGGGGGGUUAUCUGGCUGGG